AUGGAAGGAGUUUUGGCCUCCGAGAUCGGCCCGGGUGGUACGGGAGCCAUACCUACUACACGUGAGAAUGGCUUGGGUGUGCACCUCUGGCGACUGGAUGACACGGAUGAGCUGAAGCAAGUCCUCCAAGAAGAUGCCGAGAAGAAAUCCGACAGUGGAAGUACAGCUGAGGAGAAGCCAGCUCAGAACUGA